UUUCGCCGCAAUGAACAGCAAUUAGUCGUGAGGCCUUGAGUGCCUUGGUGCCUCGGCACAUCACAUCACUUCAUCGUCCACAUCGUCCGUCCACUUCACCCACUUCACCCCACGGACGGAUAUUGUCAUCCUGCGAGAUAACAAGUUCAUCCCUUCGUGUUCGGCCGUAAUUCGCGACUUGUCGAUCCCUCGUUUUCCAUAUCUUCGUCUUCGUCUUCAUUCACUUCUCUCCUUGAACCUCUCACCCUCACCUUUGACUGCGACGCCUCUCAACAUGGCGGACGCACUAUGCGGACCGUCCAAUCCUCUCCAGAACCUCCAGAAGCACACCCAGAUCGACCGGACACUUCAGCAAGAUCGUCUCGUCUCAUCAAGACAGUCGCCAGCACAGGGCUUCCGCACCGCCGACCCGAGAGCAGGUUCUCUCGACGCCGACUUUCACGCCUUCGAAAACGCCUCACCUAGUCCCUUCCAGUUUGAACAGCCCAACUUCGCCAACGCAGGACCUGCUUUCGCACCUCAACCUCCAAGCGCCCCCGCAGGAUGGGCCGCCGACUUCCAGCGCCUCAAACUCCACGACCACCCCUUGCCCGCAGGCCAAUUCCGCACCGAAGCGCCACUGAUAAAGUCAACGACAGGAGGCUGGCAAAAUGAAUUCAUGCGCCAGCGCUCCAGCGCGAGCACGCCGAUAUCACAGGGCAAACAAGCCAUCAGAGAGCCGUCGCAGAUGAACAUGUUCGCCCAGACAAACUACGCGCAGCAACCUUUUCAAGGGUACCAGUCCUACGGCAGCGGCAUAGGCAUGGGCAUGCAGACAUAUCAAGAAGCAGGCUUCCAACAAGCACAAGCGCAACCACAACAAAUGACUGCCGUGCAGAACGUCCAACUCUCCGACGUAGACUUUGACGCCGCCUUCCAAGAAGCCAUGUCCCACGCCCAGGAGAUGGAUAACCUCCAACUCCGCGACACCAACGCCCAACCGCUCGAAACCUCAUCCGACCUCCACCAAGACCAACAGCACCUCCCAUCAGAAAUAAAAAUAGGUUCCGACGCAAUCCACUACAUCGAACAAUCCGAGCGCACGCUAGACCAAGACAUCCAAGACGCCGACGAACUCGCCAGAACAGCAGGCCAACUUCUGCACAACGUCCAACACGACACAAGCGACAAAUUCCAAAACAGCCAAUUCCUAGACCUCAUGCGCAAACUGCGCGAUCGCGAAGUCGAGGUCCAAAACAACGAUCUACAAUUCGUCAACACAGCAACAACGACCAGUACAUCGACUAAUCAAAUCGAGGAGACCCGAAACAAUACCACCUGGGACAAAAUGUCCAUCUCAGAAGGAGAAAUGACCGCACAUCGGUCUCGAGAGAUCAUGCAGCAGCAGCAGCAGCGACAGCAAGAAGGACACUUUGACUUUCCCAACAUGGAUAGCGUGUACCGUCCCGACGAGGCUGACUUUUCGGAACGACCUUCCUUCGGUGUCCAGUCACCGCCAUAUACCACGUACGGCUUCGAGGAUGACCAAUACCCCUCGCAAUCGUACCCACAGGUAGCGCGUCAGCCGCAGCGUCAAACGGACGAAUUGCACCCUGGUGGAAGGUGGUAUCCGGACCAAAGUCCCAGCAGUCUGGAGAAGAGGAUCUCAAUGAGCGAGUUCGAGUACACGGAUGAAAGUGCGGGUUUGGCACGGAGGUUCGUCAGGUAGACAACGUAGUAAUCAUGACAUAUUGCAACGCUGUCGCACUUCAGCCCCAUUGUAUGAUAUGUUCAUUGUUGGGCUUUAGGAGCCCUUCGUGCCGAUUGAGCACAUGC